UUUUAUUGCGUAAAUAAGAUAUAAAAAUUAACCAUAAUGUCACGACACCGUAAUAUUCGAAAUAUCAGUUAUGAAGAUGAGCUCUGUGAAGAUUUUGGUGGGCGAUCUCUAGAUGAAGUAGACUAUUGUGUUUCACCUGCUACAGAAGCAGAGUUUAUGUUUCGUCGAGAUAAGCAUCACACAUUAUCAUCCUUUAUUGGAGAUGAGGAAAAAAUUGAUGAAGAGGAAGAGGAAGCUCCAUUAACAAAAGAAUCAUUUUUUGAUAACAAGAGACCCACAGUAAACCACUCAGAUGAAGAAAAAUUGCAUUUGUGUAUUGAACACCUUCAAGAUAUAUUGGGUGAAACAUAUGAUGAAGAUUUAAUAGCUAAAGUAGUCAUUAAUCAAAAUUUUGAUAUGAAACAAGCUUUGAAUCAAUUACUCAACAAAGGUCAUGUUGAUACAGCACCAACAAAAAAUAUGACUCCAAGCAAAACAGAAUAUUUUACUGGAAAAACUAAUAGUACUACUCCAAAAACUAAAAAAGAAAAGCAAGAAUUUAAAGAAAAACAAGAAGUUAAAGGUGCUGAUGAUGUAAGAGGAGGUUUAAAAGGAACACCUGUUGUUAAAAGUCGUGAAAACUUGUUGGAUAAUGAUUUUAAUUCUGCAACAAAAACACCGAAAAAUUUAAAAUCUCGAGAAGUCAUUGAUGUAAGUGCAGAGUUGGAAAAGAGACAAGAUGGAAAAGAGUUGAUUAAUUUGGUUGUUAUAGGUCAUGUUGAUGCAGGGAAAUCAACUUUAAUGGGUCAUCUACUAUUCAAACUUGGGAAAGUUUCACAAAAAAGUAUGCACAAAAAUGAGAUGGAGUCUAAAAAGUUAGGAAAAGGAUCAUUUGCAUUUGCAUGGGUCCUCGAUGAAACAGAAGAAGAGCGGGCUCGUGGUAUUACAAUGGAUGUUGCCAUGACAGUAUUUGAAACAAAAACAAAAAUAGUUACAUUAAUGGACGCACCUGGUCAUCGGGAUUUUAUUCCAAAUAUGAUACAAGGAACAUCACAGGCUGAUGUAGCUAUUCUUGUAAUUGAUGCACGACCAGGCGAGUUUGAAUCUGGAUUUGAUGCUGGAGGCCAGACAAGAGAACAUGCUGUUCUUGCUCGAUCUCUUGGCGUUGGUCAACUUAUAGUUGCAAUCAACAAAAUGGAUGCUGUAAACUGGUCAAAAGACCGUUAUGACAAUAUUGUUUUGAAGUUGAAGACAUUUCUUUUGAAGCAAGCUGGUUUUCGAGAAUCAGAUGUUUGUUAUAUUCCGUGUAGUGGCUUGAGUGGGGAGAACCUUGUAAGUAAUGCCAGUGAAAAAGAUCUUAUAAAAUGGUAUAAAGAUGGAUGCAUUGUAGAUUUAAUAGAUAGCUUCUUUCGUGCUCCUAAAAGAGCUAUUGAUAGACCUUUUCGACUUUGCAUUUCAGAUGUGUAUAAAGGCCAAGGCUCAUUUAUUGUGGCUGGAAAAGUUGAAAGUGGCUCUGUACAGAAUGGGGAUAAAAUAAUGUUGAUGCCAGCUGCUGAUGCUGGUAUGAUUAAAGGAUUAUCAACACGUGAUGAACCAGUAAACUUUGUUGCUGCUGGUGAUCAUGUAACUGCUUCAAUACAUGGAGUUGAUAUGACCCAUGUUAAUGUAGGAAGUAUUAUUUGUGAUUUCGAAAACCCCAUUAAAGUUUCAACUCGCAUUGUUGCUAGAAUUGUUGUCUUCAAUAUUUCUAUCCCAAUUACAAAAGGGUUUAUGGUUGUUUAUCAUUCUCAAAAUGCUUGUGAUCCAGCGACUAUAAGUAAAUUGGUUAGCAUACUGAAUAAAAGUAGUGGGGAAGUUGUUCAGAAACGACCCAGGUGUUUAACAAAGCAUAUGAAUGCUGUGGUUGAGCUAAAGUUUCAGCGGCCCGUGUGCAUAGAAAAGUACAGCGAUAAUAAAGUACUUGGUCGAUUUAUGUUGAGAUAUUCUGGAGACACUAUAGCUGCUGGUGUUGUAACAGAGAUAAAGUGAUGAUGUAAUUUUAUCAAUGAUGUCUGAAACCAAUGAAGAAAUGUCUGAAAUCAAUGAAUCAUUUAAGUUUUACUUCAUGAAAUUUGACGAAUCGUGACGAUACCACGUGACGGUAUGCGAUGUAGCAGUUGUAGUAUAUCAUUGCAAGAAAUCAACAAAUCGAAUGAUGCUUUUUUUAUUUAAAAAUAAAAUGUAAAUAAAAUAAAAUUAAAGACAAAAUUUGCAAUA